AUUUUAUUAUUUUUGUUACUUUUUUUUAUAGUUUUAUUAAGAAUUGCUUUUCUCACUUUGAUAGAACGGAAAAUUUUAGGGUAUAUACAAAUUCGAAAGGGCCCUAAUAAAAUAAGUGUGUUAGGGCUAGUUCAACCUGUUUUGGAUGGUAUGAAAUUGUUUAUAAAAGAAUCUUUUUAUAUUAAAAGAGUUAAUAAGUUUAUAUUUAAUGUUUUUCCUUUUUUAUUUUUUAUAUUAAUAAUAAAUUGUUGAUUUAUAUACAUGUUUAAUAAAUAUCAUAUUGUUAGUUAUAGUCUGGUUUUUUUUAUUUUGAUUUCUGGUUUAAGAGUUCAUAGUGUUUUAGGGGUUAGAUGAGCCUCUAAUUCUAAGUAUGCUUUAUUAGGAGCUUAUCGUUUAGUGUCUCAAACAGUGUCUUAUGAAGUUGGGUUAGUAUUUUUAUUGAUAAAUUUUGUUUUAUUAAGUAAAAGAUAUAAUUUAUUAGAUUUAAUAGUUUUUAAUAAUUUUAGAUUGAUAUCCUUUUAUAUUAUAUUUAAUUUAUUUUUAAUUUGAUUGGUAGUUAUAUUAGCGGAAUUAAACCGUGCUCCUUUUGUAUUUCUCUGAGAGAGAAAGAGAGCUGGUUUCUGGGUUUAUAUUGAGUUUGGAUCCAGAAAAUUUGCUUUGUUAUUUUUAGCAGAGUAUGGAAAUAUUAUUUUUUUUUUCUUAUUUGAGAUCUGUUAUAUUUUUUAUAAAAAAUUGAAUAUUAUUAAUGUUAUUAAUUUUAUUUUUAGUGGUAUGAGUGCGAGGAACAUUUCCUCGUUAUCGUUAUGAUAA